CCCAAACAUUUGACCCAAAACAAUCGACACCUAUAAACCAACCAACCCUCACAUCACAAAAUCUAGGGUUUAUCAUUUCUUCAUCAGCGCCGGCGAUCGGAAACAAUUUGAUCAACCAAAAAUGGUGAAGGGCCGUCAAGGAGAACGCGUCAGACUCUACACCAGAGGAACAAUUCUCGGCUACAAAAGGUCAAAGUCAAACCAGUAUCCAAACACAUCCUUGAUUCAAGUUGAAGGAGUGAACACGAAGGAGGAGGUUACAUGGUACCAAGGGAAGCGUAUGGCGUACAUCUACAAAGCCAAAGUGAAGAAGAACGGAUCACAUUAUCGCUGCAUUUGGGGGAAAGUUACCAGGCCGCAUGGUAACACCGGUGUUGUGCGGGCCAAGUUCAAGUCUAACCUUCCACCCAAAUCUAUGGGGUCUAGGGUUAGAGUGUUCAUGUACCCAAGCAACAUUUAAGGUUUUUUGAAGAACAUGGAGAUUGUUGCUGCUGGUGAUUCUAUUGUUUUUGUAGUAGUUGUGUUGACCAUUUGUUAUGGAACAUUUUUCUUUUUUACAUGGAACAUCACUAAAUCUUUGAAUUAUCUUGUACUUUUUUUUUAAAAUUCAAGAUCACUUUUAUUAUUAUUAUUA